CGCUCAAUGGCCUACAGAGCAACUUCUCGAUUGUCGAGGCCCUCAGGAAAGCCGGCCCUACGAAGAAUUCGCGUGCGAUUCCUGAGAUGCUGUCGUGGGUGCAACGCAUCGGACAUGAGGUGGGCGGAAACACCGUGAGCCCGCCGAAUUCGACACCCUCAACCCCAUCCACAUUGCUGGCACCAAGGGCAAGGGCUCCACGUCGUCGUUCAUCUCGUCGAUAUUGACUCGUUAUCUCCCGUCCAAGAAGAGCAUUGAUGCCGAGCGCAUACCGUCGACGGUAGGACUGUACACUUCGCCGCAUCUGCGCUUUGUGCGAGAGCGCAUCAAAAUUGACAACGAGCCUAUAUCGGAGGAGCUAUUUGCAGAAUGCUUCUGGGAGGUGUGGGACAGGCUCGAAGCGACCAAGGCGUCUGCGGUCGAGGAUAGUGCACGAGGCACAGAUAGCAAGCCUGUAUACUUCCGCUACCUCACCUUGAUGGCGCUACACUGCUAUCUGCAGCAGCAGGUCGGUACUGCAGUGAUUGAGUGUGGUAUUGGCGGUGAGUACGACUCAACGAAUAUUUUGAUCAAGCCUGCAGUGACCGGCGUGACCAGCCUAGGCAUCGACCACGAGGUGAUGCUCGGCAAUACCAUCGAACAGAUUGCAUGGCACAAGGCAGGAAUCUUCAAACCAGAUGUGCCAGCUUUCACCGUGGAGCAACCUGCAGAAGCAUUGGAAGUGCUCCACCAGCGGGCCAAGGAGCGCCAGACAGAGUUGUAUGUGGUUCCAGUGCACUCUGCUGUCGCCGGAAUGGAACUGGGCCUGCAAGGCCACUUCCAGACGUUGAAUGCGUCGUUGGCGGUAGCUAUCUCAGCACUUCAUCUCGCCCGCCUAGGCUUCAGCAAUGUGCCUGACCCUUACGAUCCUCACGCUUCACUCCCGGACGAAUUCAUCGAGGCUUUGCGAGAUACGCGGCUAGGUGGACGCUGCGAUCGAAGGUCUGAUACCACGUCGCCCAAUGUGACGUGGUACAUCGAUGGCGGUCAUACUCUGGAGAGUAUUGACGUGGCAGCUCGAUGGUUCGUGUCCAAACUAGCAAGCUGUGAGGGAAGUGAAGCGCGCCGGGUGCUCGUCUUCAACCAACAGACCCGCGAUGCCGCUCCACUGGCCCGGCGUCUACACGAGACCUUGGCCAUCGCCCUGAGCAAUGGACGGCCAUUCGAGCACGUAAUAUUCUGUCCGAACAUGACAUAUAGAAAUGCCGGGUACAAAGCCGACUUGGUGUCGAUCAACACCAACAAGGACGACGUAAGCAACCUGCGGGUGCAACAUGAAUUGGCCAAAACCUGGGACGCUAUCGAUCCUGAGGCACAUGUUCACGUGGUCAGCACCAUCGAAGAGGCCGUGAACAAGGCACGAGAGAUUGCAGAUGGAGAACGGACUGAAGUCUUGGCGACAGGCAGCCUACACCUAGUGGGGGGAUUGAUCGAGGUCCUGGAAACCCAGGCCGAGAGCAACAAUGGCAGACUCUGAUGUUACAUAGACCAUGUUCCUACCCCUCGCCGUCUUCUGGGCAGCUUUAGCCCCGGGGUACAGGCAGGGAUGCAAAGGAGGAACUCGAGUAUCUCCAAUGACCGUCAUACCAAACCCUCACAACUUCGACUAGUCGACUGUGCUCUGAGCUCAAUAGAGGAUUUGGUAGGCAGGGCGUCUCAGACAACGAAGGCGACCAGAGCAGUACAUAUGCUAUGCCUCGUGAAUAGAAGAAGUCC